GUGAACGUAACGGAAAAGUCGUCGCCUGUUGAAUAUAGUACUACAUAUAUAUAAAUUCUAUUUACUUGACUCGCCUCGUUUCGUUUUUAUUUCUUGUUUUUUUUUUGUUUGUUUUUGUUUUGUAUCAACUUUACUACAGCAUAACAACCAAAACAACAACCAAAGCCGCCGAGCAACAAACAACAACAAACAGAGAAGGAGGGAAAAUCAUUUACAAAAAUAAAACAGUUGGAAUCACUGGUUUCGGCAUUUGAUCGCACGCAUCCAUCCGUCCAGUAAUGCAACAACCGGAAAAAAGCCCUCAGCGCUAAACUAACCCAAGCUCUAUUACCCCCAUUCCAAAUCCCCGUCCAAGACGCCCAUAAUUCCAAGAUGACCGACAAUGAAAACCAUAAUAACAACAACAACAAUAACAACAACAAUGAGGCAUCCAGACUGAGAAUACCCGAGGCUGAGCAGGCGGAGCACCUGCUGCCCAAGAAUGGAUCAGCGGGCCUGACCAAGAUAGCACCCCCUCCACCACCCACCCAUUUCCAUACCCAAUCCCAUCCCAAUGCCAAAUCCCAGCCAGCCCAGAUUCUUCCAGCAAAAGAAUCCCAUCCGGCGAAGAAGAGGCGAGACAAGAGCGAUCUGGGCGAAGAUUUUGUGGCGCCCGAUGGAGGAUGGGGCUGGCUGGUGUCCGUCGCCAGUGGCGUCAACAUUCUGGUGACAUUCGCCCUUGCCCAGCAAUUCGGCAUCCUUUUCCGCGAUCGUAUGGCAGGUCUAGGAAUCUCCAGCUCCGAACUAACAACCAUCAUCAACACACAGAUCGCUGUGUCUGCAUUUACGGGUCUGCUGAACGGCCCCCUUUUCCGACGCUACACAUACCGAGUGGUGGCCCUGGUUGGAUCCGUCCUCACCUUUCUGGGCCUCUUCUGGAUGGUUUUUGCAGACACCUUUGCCAUCUACAUACUGAGCUUCUCGAUCCUGUAUGGAUUCGGCCGAGGAUUGACGGUAUCCGCCUCCUCGCUGGCGGUCAACACAUACUUUAAGGUGAAGCGACGCACGGCGACGGCUUUCCAAUUCGGAGUUGCCGGCCUGGGACCGAUUGUGUGUCCCUACUUCGCCACCUAUAUGCUGUACGAGUUCGGAGUCCAGGGAACGACCCUUCUGUUCGCCGGCGCCUCCCUGCACACGAUUGCCUGUUCGCUGAUCUACCAACCUGUCAAGUGGCAUGUGGUGAAGCGGGAUCGCGAUGCUGAGGCACUGCAGCAGGUUCAGCCGUUGGCCGAGCGCGAGGAUCAGGAUGAGGAUAUUAUCAAGAAUGUCGUGGAGCCGGAAACUCCGGUGCUGCCACGUGCCAAUGACGGUUGGUUCGGCUCGAGGGUCUCCCUGAACAGCGUGGGCACACGCAAUCGCCUGAACACGUGGGAGAAGUCCGAUGGAAAUGGUCAUUUGGAGCUCAAGAGGCUGAGCAGUAGGGACUCGAAUCCCGGGCGCCAACUGCGCAGCAUUUCCGUGAGUCACAGCAUUAAGGAGGAGGAGGCCUUGGGCUAUCACUCGGAUGAUGAGGUCGUCCACAAAGUCCACCCGGUCCACCAGUUUCCCACCACCGAGCUAACCGAGAAGGAGAAACAAGAUCUGGAGGACGAGGAGGAGCGUCAGAGGCGCAAGAAACUGCCAUUCUACAUGAAAGUGGUGAUCUUCUUCGACAUGGAUCUACUGCGGGAUAUCACCUAUGUCAACCUGGCCGUGGGCAUAACGCUGAUCAACUUUGUGGAAGUCAACUUUGCCAUCCUGACACCCUUUAUCCUGAGUGAUCUGGGCUUCGACAAGGGUCAGAUUGCCUUGGCCAUGUCCACUCUGGGAUUAUUCGAUCUGAUCGUGCGAUUCCUCAUCCCGCUGAUCACGGCCAAGAUAAACCUAAGCAAUCGCACCUUCUUCGUGGUGGGUAUCCUGGGCAUGUGCGUGGGCCGCAUGUUCCUCUCGAUGACCACCAACUUCUACGUCAUGAUGGGCAUUUUCCUGUGGAUGGGCCUGAACAAGGCCUUCCGCACGGUCUUCUGGUCACUGAUCAUUCCCGGCUAUGUGCCGCUCAAGAGAUUGCCAGCGGCUGCUGGUCUACAGCUGCUCAUGUCCGGCACCUUUUCGAUGAUUUUUGGUCCGCUUAUUGGUCUGAUCCGGGAUCACACAAGCUAUGCGGUUACCCUCAACCUGUUGAAUGCCCUUUGCGUGAUGGCCUUCGCCGGCUGGUACCUGGAAGACUUCAUCCGCGCCCGCUCAAGAAAAUCGCCACCCGUUAAGUCCAUCGACUGAUGAGAUCCAAACAUUCAAGAACUCAGUGCCAGCAAUUAAUUCCAAGACCAAAUCCGUUCCCCCACAUCCAUCCCAACUUUAGCAAAAUGUUAUUCUUGUUAUCGCAUUUGCCCAAUGCCUUUUUUUUCAUCUGUACGUUUAUGUAAACUUAUUCUGCGUGUACAUUGUGUAUAUACUAUUCGAAGUAGCAAAUUAAUUGUAUUAAAUAUAUAUAAUUGUUAAUUAAUAUGCAUAAGCUGCCAAAAACUUAAAAUUUAAA